CCAGGAACGCGGACUGUCCCUUUAAGUACGAAGUGUUCUUUCAACGAAUCGUUCACUAAAAAGAUUUGUUCAAACACACUUCGACAAACCGAUCCAAAAUCAGUAGGGAGAUGUGACUCAAUGCACAUGUGUCGAGUCGCGGUCAGGAUGAGGCUCCGCCUGCUUACUGUGGACUUCAGCUGAGGCUCAAUGGAUUGCUGUUAACGUCGAUGUGUUCUGUCGGCAGACUCGCUCAGCUGACUCUGGUGAAGAGGAUAUAUGAAUGGUCAAAGUCAACGUCAGGUUUACAGUUUAUUCCUAAGAAGUGGAACUGGUUGUGUGUUAUCGUAAUGGGGAACUCAAGCGGGCACAACAACACUAUGACUAUCCCACCAGGAAAAGGACCCCAUCAUGUGGGAUGCACAGACUUGAUGGUGGGCCACACAGUCCAGGGUACGUUCAUGAGAAUCUACUAUCCGUGCCAAGCGUCCGAGCAUCCUCAUCUGCCUGAUUGGGUCCCGUGUAGGGAGUAUUUUAAUGGCCUUGCAGACUUUAUGAAGAUUAACAGAGCACUGAGUGAACGUAUUUUCAACUACCUCUUUGGGUCAUGUAAAAUCCCAGCAGCCUGGAAUGCAUCAUUUAAACCGGAUGGGAAGUAUCCUGUCAUCAUUUUUUCCCAUGGACUGGGAGCUUUCAGGACAUUGUAUUCUGCCAUAUGUGUUGAACUGGCCUCACAGGGCUUCAUUGUUGCUGCGGUGGAGCACAGGGAUGAAUCUUCCUCUGCAACAUUUUAUUUCAAAGAAAAUGCUGAGCCAGGAACAAAAAGGCAUCCAUCAUCUGACAUAUCAAAGCCUGUGUCUGCUAAUCUUGAAGAGGUGUGGAUGUACUACAGACCGUUGAAGACAGGCGAGAAUGAGUUUCCCCUGAGAAACAAGCAAGUAAAGCAGAGAGCAGAUGAAUGCAUCAGAGCUUUGGAUAUUCUCUUUGACAUCCAUUCAGGAAAGUCUGUGGAAAACGUCUUGCAGUCCAACUUUGAUUUGUCAACAAUGGAGAAUUCCAUGGAUUUGUGUAGUAUAGCAGUUAUGGGACAUUCUUUCGGAGGCGCAACAGUGAUUGAAUGUUUGUGCAAGGAAGUCCGAUUCAAGUGUGGUGUGGCACUGGACACCUGGAUGUUUCCCUUGGAUGAGGAGAUCUUCCCUGGAGUGAAGCAGCCAAUCUUUUUUAUUAACUCUGAAAAAUUCCAGUGGAUUGGCAAUAUCAUCCGCAUGAAGAAGUUGGACUCUGCUAUCUUUCCCAGAAAAAUGAUUACAAUCAAAGGCACAGUCCAUCAGAGCUUUCCAGACUUCACAUUUCUUACCGGGAACUGGAUUGGACGGCUCAUGAAGCUGAAAGGAGAGAUUGAUCCACACAUUGCCUUGGAUCUUUCUAACAAAGCAACUUUGGCUUUUCUUCAGAGGCACUUAUCUCUAAACAGAGACUUCAAUCGGUGGGAUCCUUUAAUUGAAGGAAAAGAUGACAACUUGAUUCCAGGAACCAAUAUUACUAUACCACACUCAUCUAUUUAAUCAUGUAACAUGAAAUAAUUGCAGUGAUUUUAUAAUGUUGUGAAUGCACAUGUAACCGGGAGGGAAACGCUUUCAUGUUUGAGAAAGGGCCAAUCUAUUGGUUUGCAAGGAAUUUUUGAAAUUCCAUACAGAGGAUAAAUAUUGACUGCAGUGUACAAGUAUGAUGGGUUAAAAUGAUGAUAUGUAAAAUUAGUCUCUACAGGAUGACUUAUGAGAGGCUCCACAAGCUAGCAACCACAUGCUUCACAAAACAGACAGAGUGCAAUAGAUUUACAUUUUUUACAACACAUCACCGUCCUUUGUCCUAAGCCUUAAUAUUUUUAUAGUCCUGUAGAGGUUUUUAUUAUCAAUGCAAUGUUUUUAAUUCUGUGACCAAUGUUAAAUGGAGGCAGAUUGCAAUUAGUUCCAAUUUUUAUUCUAUCAACUGUAUUCUUUAUAUCCUGUGUUGACCAAUCAUGAUAAUGAUUUUAACAUGGUGGAGGGGCUUGUGGUGGAGUCUAAGAUCUGUAAUUAUGAUUUCCAGUGAAAUCAGUUUCUACACUACUAAAACUGUGCUUGUUAAUAAAUAUAUUAUUUUUAAUCUAA